AGCCGAGCAUAAAGAGUAUGUGGGAGACACGGCAGACUUGGGUGAAGAUUCUCGAGUACAAUUGAUUAUCUUGGCGAGAGAUAUCGAAAGUUUGGCUUAAAAAUAAUGACUUCCAUCAUUAGGGCCUUACUUAACUUUUGGCGAGAUUCUCCUUUGACGCCUUGCUUAUUCUCAAGAACUACACGUCCGGGUUUUUUCCUGAUAAAAUAAUGGAAGAUAGUAUUACAAAAAAAAUCCAGAUGGACAGACCGAGCUCACAAGCUGGAAGGAGAGGCCCCAGACGUAGCGUGGCUGGCUAUGACCACAUUGAACAGACACAGGCUCUCAUGGCUUCCAUCAUCCACGAACUCGUCCAUGCUGGGGAUAUAACGGCACUGAAAGAAGAAUUUCAAAGGGAUAAAGGGUUAAUCGAGGCGCUUAACAGCGAGGGAAUGACUCCACUAUUUGUCGCUGUCAGCACUGGUAACCUGGAAUGUGUGCAGUUCCUGGCGACUUCCGGUGCCUCGCUAAACACGAGAGAUAACCUUGGGAGGACGCCUCUCGCUCUGGCAGCUUACCAGGGCUGGAAUGAUGGAGUAUAUUAUCUCUUGGCGGUGGGCGCUGACUCAACAAUCGUGGAUAACUGCGGGCGCUUACCAUUACAUGCUGCUACGUACUACAGCAGUGGCAGAACAGUGGGGCUUCUACUUCAGCAUUUGCCCUCAGACCACAUCAACAAACAAGACGGCGAGGGUAUGACCGCACUCCAUUGGGCGGCGUACCACGGGCGCGCGGAACACGUCAAGCUUCUUAUUGACCACGACGCAGAGAUUGUAGCACGUGACACAGAGGGCAAGACGGCACUACAUUGGGCAGCACAGAAUGGCAGUGUGUCCUGCUGCCAAGUGAUCCUGAACACUUCGUCAGGGCAACAUCUGUUGAACGGGAAAGACUUCUCGGGGAAAACCCCGCUACAUUACGCUGCCGCAGCAGGACAUCUUAGUGCGCUACAGGAGCUGCUGAACGAGAGGUUCGUCAGCGUCGAUUCCAAGGAUAACGAGAACAGAGUGUCACUCCACUGGGCCGCCGCCACUGGCCACGCCCGCUGUGUGGCUGCCCUGCUGCGCGCGGGCUCAGACAAGGACUCAGUUGACAAGCACGGGGCCACGCCCAUAAUGUACGCCCACCAAGGUCAUCACGACGCCUGCUGCAGAUUACUAUACAAACACAACCCUGAGCGACCAUUAGACACAGAGAUUCCAGAACAUAUAGCUGAGACAAUUCGCGUGCCAACCCCGCCCGAAAUUCACAUCGUCUCAGAGGCGAUCAUAAAGCCACCAGAACUUGUGUUCGAGCCCGCAAUCACAUCAAACGGCGCUGCGGUUUCUUCUCCGGUAACCAGGCGCAAAUCAAGCAGCAGUCACGUGAGUGCGGAGACUCGGGCCGAGGAACGCGCACACGAUGACGAGGUCCAAGAGAUCCUGAAAGCGUCACUCCGGGCUGUAGAACUUGUCAUCGACAAGGACAGUUAUAGCAACGAUAACGACAGAGGUAAAGACUCCGCUAGAUCACUGUGUGCGGUGUUGCAUGGCGCAAGCUCAGCUCACAUGACGUCACAAGCAUCUCCAAGCUUUAAAAAACUAGACAGUCUGUACGCGACUAUGAACGGUAACCAUAGUGAUGAUGGUGAAUCGGCAGGCUACAGCAGCGAGGAUGAGCUACGCUACCCCCCACAGAUGGUUUUGACGCCUAUACCAGUCUCCCCCUUGCCUACCGAAGAGAAUAAUAAUAAUGUAGAAGAACAGGAGAGCAAGGCACAGAUGCUACCAAGGUUCAGCCUAGAGGGUAAUGUACAAACACCCUUUCUCAAACAACCAUCUACUGCAUCAACAUUAGCACCGCUGAAAACUCGAACAGUCCCCGAUCAUCUUCGGCUCGACCUCCACUUCCAGCCGACGCCUGUCCGGAAUCACGAAGUCAAGCCGGGCUCUCCGGUCAAAAACGAGUCGGGCCUCGGUCCGUUAAAAGUAACGAAAAUUACUAAGCACCACAGUCCCCCAGCCAAACAGCCUUCUCCUGUAUCCACGAAACAACACGUACUUAACUCGCCCACUCGGUCGUCGCUCGGAAGUGGAUUGCCGAGCAGCCGUGAAAGUUCGGGAAACGAACGGGAGCGUGGAUUCUCCCGAGAGUCGUCCGAUAUAACGAGGUUUUGGUCGAGGAAAAGUAAGAAGAGCGACGCACUAAUGAAAUCCAGAGGCUCUUCAAACUUUAAAGCCAUGAAUCGAUCAUUGUCAAUCCCCGAGGAGAGCCAAUCGAAAUCAUCGCUUCGAGGCGCGGCGGGAUACUCCGAAUACAGGCAAUUUGACUCCGAUUCCGAGUGGUCGCGCAAGCAAAGAGAAAAGCACUCCCAGCAGGGGACCCCCGGGGGACAAAUUCUUCCUGUCAUCUCCAAAGAUAAAAGCAAUCGAGUCUUUCAAGUCCAGGGUUCGCUUAAGGACCAAAUUGAAGCAAAGAGGAAAACAACGAAAAAGCCAUCAAGGUUUCGAGGUGGACGAGGACUAUUCAGCUUCGUUAGCUCAAGCGUAGAAGAAGUAGACGACGAUCUACCCUCCACAAAAAGCUCCGAAAAGAAGGAGAAAAAGAAAGUGCGCAAAGUAAUGAGUUGGAAUGCUUGAAUGAAGUCAAGAGUUGGAAUGCGUGAAUGAAGUCAAGAGAUGGAAUGCGCGAAUGAAGUCAAGAUUUGGAAUGCGUCAAUAAAGUCAAGAGUUGGAAUGCAUGAAUGAAGUCAAGAGUUGGAAUGCGUGAAUGAAGUCAAGAGUUGGAAUGCGUGAAUGAAGUCAAGAGAUGGAAUGCGCGAAUGAAGUCAAGAUUUGGAAUGCGUCAAUAAAGUCAAGAGUUGGAAUGCAUGAAUGAAGUCAAGAGUUGGAAUGCGUGAAUGAAGUCAAGAGUUGGAAUGCGCGAAUGAAGUCAAGAGUUGGAAUGCGUGAAUGAAGUCAAGAGUUGGAAUUCUUGAAUGAAGUCAAGAGUUGGAAUGCGUGAAUGAAGUCAAGAGUUGAAAUGCGCGAAUGAAGUCAAGAGAUGGAAUGCGCGAAUGAAGUUAAGAGUUGAAAUGCAGGAAUGAAGUCAAGAGUUGAAAUCCGCGAAUGAAGUCAAGGGUUGGAAUGCGUGAAUAAAGUCAAGUGUUGAAAUGCGCGAAUGAAGUCAAGGGUUGGAAUGCGUGAAUGAAGUCAAGAGUUGGAAUGCGCGAAUGAAGUCAAGAGUUGGAAUUCUUGAAUGAAGUCAAGAGUAGGAAUGCGUGAAUGAAGUCAAGAGUUGGAAUGCGUGAAUGAAUUCAAGAAUUGGAAUGCGUGAAUAAAGUCAAGUGUUGAAAUGCGCGAACGAAGUCAAGAGUUGGAAUGCGUGAAUGAAUUCAAGAAUUGGAAUGCGUGAAUGAAGUCAAGAGUUGGAAUUCUUGAAUGAAGUCAAGAGUUGGAAUUCUUGAAUGAAGUCAAGAGUUGGAAUGCGUGAAUGAAGUCAAGAGUUGAAAUGCGUGAAUGAAGUCAAGAGUUGAAAUGCGUGAAUGAAGUCAAGAGUUGGAAUGCAGGAAUGAAGUCAAGAGUUGAAAUGCAGGAAUGAAGUCAAGGGUUGGAAUGCGUGAAUGAAGUCAAGAGUUGGAAUUCUUGAAUGAAGUCAAGAGUUGGAAUGCGUGUGAAUGAAGUCAAGAGUUGAAAUGCGCGAAUGAAGUCAAGAGAUGGAAUGCGCGAAUGAAGUUAAGAGUUGAAAUGCAGGAAUGAAGUCAAGAGUUGAAAUCCGCGAAUGAAGUCAAGGGUUGGAAUGCGUGAAUAAAGUCAAGUGUUGAAAUGCGCGAAUGAAGUCAAGGGUUGGAAUGCGUGAAUGAAGUCAAGAGUUGGAAUGCGUGAAUAAAGUCAAGAGUUGGAAUGUGUGAAUGAAUUCAAGAAUUGGAAUGCGUGAAUGAAGUCAAGGGUUGGAAUGCGUGAAUGAAGUCAAGAGUUGGAAUGCGCGAAUGAAGUCAAGAGUUGGAAUUCUUGAAUGAAGUCAAGAGUAGGAAUGCGUGAAUGAAGUCAAGAGUUGGAAUGCGUGAAUGAAUUCAAGAAUUGGAAUGCGUGAAUAAAGUCAAGUGUUGAAAUGCGCGAACGAAGUCAAGAGUUGGAAUGCGUGAAUGAAUUCAAGAAUUGGAAUGCGUGAAUGAAGUCAAGAGUUGGAAUUCUUGAAUGAAGUCAAGAGUUGGAAUUCUUGAAUGAAGUCAAGAGUUGGAAUGCGUGAAUGAAGUCAAGAGUUGAAAUGCGUGAAUGAAGUCAAGAGUUGAAAUGCGUGAAUGAAGUCAAGAGUUAAAAUGCGUGAAUGAAGUCAAGAGUUGGAAUGCGUGAAUAAAGUCAAGGGUUAAGAUGAUAUAAUGAGAAACGAAUGAACACAAAAACCUGGAUGCUUGAAAUGGCUAUACAGCUGGCUCAAUUGUGGCACCAGGAACUGCUUAGGAGAAAAACAAACGCUUACAAACGAGAAGCCUGUAAAGAAGACUAAUUUGACAGAUGAUUUAUGUGACUGCCCGUUAUAGAGUUGAUGAUAACAAUAGAGUUUUGAAGUUCCUAAAGUGGAAUGACUAAAGCCAUAAUGAACUGGUUGACUGAGAUUCUUUCUUUGAGCUGUUCUGAAGUAAAAAUCCGUAUUCUUUGCACCCUUCUCGCUAUGCUGCCUACGUUUACAAUAAUAAGGUAGAUUUUUUUAUCAAAGACAGAGAGGAUAUUUUUAAUGGCUAUGCUUAAAUUAUCAAACUUCAUGCAAACCGCGCAAAAAUUGGCAAACAUUUAUUGCUAAUCUCGUACGGAUAAAAGCAAGACAAGGAAAUGUUGACGAAAUAUUUCCUAACAAGAUGCAAUGGAGGAUCUAGAUCUUUAUGUGCUGGGUUAUAAAACUUAUCACGUGACUUUUGAGUAGCGACAUUACAAACUCCGGCAUUUGGCGGCAAAAUAACAACAACAAAAAACAGCUUACGAAUUAGCAAAAGAGUUUCUUUGUCAGAAAGGGUUUAUAUUCAUUGAAAAGUUUGAAAAGUUGCCCCUCCUAAAGUCACGUGAGCUGUAAUGAGUGCAAGUCGCCUAUUGUCUCCUCCUUAAGCACAAAACCAUCGGUACAGGCCCGUAGCCAGGAUUUUGAGCGGGGUGGUUCGUUUUUCCAUUUAAGCGGACCAAAUUUCCGGUAUACCCCUCUCCUCGCCUUAUUUCACUAGGCAAUCAAUCUUGUAUUUACAAUGUCAUUAAUAGGGUACUUUUUAAUAUAUAGCCGAUAAUAAUAAAGAUAAUUACUAU